AUGCCAUCGUGUUCGGUGGCAUCGUGUUCAAAUUGGAAUGGAAACACGAAAAAUACUGGAAUAAAGUUUUUUACAUUUCCCAAGCAGCCUGAUAUCUGUAAAAAGUGGAUCGAAGCUUGUAAAAAUGAUAAGCUUAACCUUACAAAUGGUAGGGUAUGCUCUGUACAUUUCACUCAAGAUAGUUACGAGAAAAAGCCAGAACACUUAAUCGUCCCUGGUGAUACAAAUAUAUUUGUUUUAUCCAAAUCAGCUGUUCCAACAAUCAAAUUAGACUCCAUAUGUGCAACUAAAAGAAAAGUACAAUAUGAAGCCUCACUGAACACAGCAGCCUUUAAAAUAGCUAAAGUUGACUUGAACAAGAGUACAGAAUCAGGUUUACAAACGCAACUGACUACCUGCGAGGACAACGAAAUUUUACCGGAGCCUUUGAUAUCACAAGUAAUAUCUUGUCAAGAAAAAGUUGGCUCAGAAAAUAGUGAUACCUUUGAUAAUACACAAAAGAGUGGUAAUAAAGUUUACGUACACGAAAAUAGAAAUUUUGAGUUAGUAAUAAAGAAUCUGAAGGAUGACAAUAAAUAUUUAAAAGACGUAAAUAAUGCUUUAAGAAGAAAAAAUGUUGAAUUGGUACUGAAUAUAAAAUUACGGAAAAUACGUGAAGAAUUUCAAUUACACGAAAUUGACGUCGAAAAAAAGAUCCAUGAUAUUUUAAAACCUAUACUUACAGACGGCCAGAUCAAAAAGCUUUUGAGUUCGAAUAAGAGAUAAAAUGGAGCAACGAAGAUCUAGCUGCUGCUUAGAAGCAUUUCGCCAAAAGCCUACCGAUACUUUCGAAAUAACGGCACACCUUUUCCUGAUUUAUCUACUCUACGAAAAAGAGCCGCUGCAGUUGAUUUAAGUCCUGGAGUUAUUCAUGAAGUUUUAUCAAUCAUGAAAGAAAUUGGAAAAACCGAUAUUGAACUGUAUCAAAUAAAAGAGAAAAGAGUGGGUCCCCAUAAAACUGUUCAGUUUGGUAUGGCUCGUGGACUGUGA